AUGUACGACUACGCUUUUGUUCACCUGAAAUUCACAAUACCCCUGGCGGUACUUCUCACAGCCAUCGCCUAUCCGGUUCUCAACAGGAUACAUGUCAUUCAAACAGGCUGCCUCAUCUUCAUCGCCUUUACCGCUGCUCUGCCAUGGGAUGCCUACCUGAUUGAGCAAAAAGUAUGGUCUUACCCGCCAGAGGCCAUUGUCGGACCGCGUUUGCUUGGGAUCCCCUUCGAAGAACUCUUCUUCUUCGUGAUACAGACUUACAUCACGGCCCUCGUAUACAUACUCUUCAACAAACCGGUUCUCCACGCGUUACACCUCAACAACCAGCGAAAUCCUCCAGCAUGGAUGAGGAUUGCCAAGGUUACCGGCCAGCUCAUCCUCGUAGCUUUGUCGGUAUGGGGAUGGAAGGCUGCUCAGGUUAACCAGAAAACAACUUAUCUCGGCUUGAUCCUGGUUUGGGCUUGUCCGUUUUUGUUGGCCAUCUGGACGCUUGCUGGGCGCUUCAUUCUCAGCCUACCAUGGUUCGUGACGGUGCUUCCGGUAGUCCUGCCUACCUUCUAUCUCUGGGCAGUAGACGAGCUUGCUUUGCACAGGGGUACUUGGUCCAUCGGGUCGGGGACGAAGCUCGAGUAUUGUCUGUUCGGCAAGUUGGACAUCGAAGAAGCCACCUUCUUUCUGGUGACCAACAUGCUCAUCGUCAGUGGCAUGGCUGUGUUUGAUCAAUAUCUCGCCGUCAUCUACGCUUUCCCAACUCUGUUCCCCAAGGUCAACCGGUAUCCGACACCUCUUAUGCUUGUUCAGAGCCGUCUUGUCAACACUACCAAGUAUGACCUUGAGCGCAUUGAAGGCCUGAGAGAAGCAGUUGAGAGACUUCGUCUGAAGAGCAGGAGCUUCUACCUUGCCAACUCCCUUUUUUCUGGCCGCCUUCGCAUCGAUCUGAUUCUGCUGUAUUCCUUCUGCCGUCUAGCUGAUGAUCUGGUUGACGACGCCAAAUCUCGCCUCGAGGUUCUGUCCUGGACCGCGAAGCUUAACCACUUUCUCGAUCAGCACUAUGGCGACUCGGACGCCACCGAAGACCCCAAGCAAAAGGCCGAGCGCAUCGACGCCUACAUCAAAGAAGCCUUCCCUCCCUUUGCCUACCAAGCCCUCCACCUCCUACCCACUCACAUCCUCCCUCCCAAGCCUCUCUACGAGCUCAUCAAGGGUUUUGAGAUGGACUCCCAAUUCACCUUCCAUGGCAGUUCCGACUCCACCAACCUCAAAUUCCCCAUCGCCCACGACAAGGACCUCAAAACCUACGCCAUUCGCGUUGCCGGCACCGUCGGCGAGCUCUGUAUCGCCCUCAUAAUCCACCACUGCCUGCCGGACAUGUCAGAUUCCCAAAAGCGCCGGCUCGAGUCUGCAGCGUGCCGCAUGGGUAUCGCGCUGCAGUACGUUAAUAUCGCUCGCGACAUCCUCGUCGACGCCCAGAUCGGACGCGUGUACUUGCCCACCAGCUGGCUCAAGGAGGAAGGGUUAACGCAUAAGGCGGUUUUGGAUAACCCGGAGGGUCCUGAGGUUAUCGAGAAGAUGAGGAGACGGCUGCUAGAUAAUGCGUUUGAGCUGUAUAGGGAGGCCAGGCCGGAGAUGCAGCAGAUACCGAGCGAGGCAAGGGGCCCUAUGAUUGGCGCGGUGGAGAAUUAUAUGGAGAUUGGAAGGGUGUUGAGGGAGAAGAAGGUAGGACAGGUGUUUGUGAGGAAGGAGGGGAGGGCUACGGUGCCGAAGCAGAGGAGGUUGAGGACGCUGUUGAGAGCGUUGUAUGAGCAAUAG